AUGCCCCCGCCCGACAACACCACGUCUCAUACAUCUGGUAACAAAAGGCAGUCCAGUUCUUUGAUCGACCUCACCUCAGACAGUUCGUGGGAGCAGCAAAAGCCUCACUUGGUCACUUCAGGCCCCAAAUCCCGCUUGAGGCCGAAAAGUGCUUCAUCUCCCUGGAUCCCUUCCAUCACCAUCCCUAAGCCCUUUCAAAUGACACUGCGGGAGGCUCGCAAAAAGUCCCAGCUGAUGAAGUCAUACAUGUUUCUUGAACUAGAUAAGCAGAGCGACAAAAGGCAAAGCCAGGAUGAAGCUGAAUGUCAGAAACAAUUCCGGGCGCAGCCUGUACCUGCCCAUGUGUUUCUGCCCCUUUAUCAGGAAAUAAUGGAGCAGAAUGAGAUUCGCAGGCAAAUAGCAACACAGAAAAGAAAGGAGCUGCUGCUUUCAACCCAGAAGCCCUUCAGUUUCCUGGAGAAGGAGGAGAAAAAGAAAGAAGCUAUCAGACAGAAGUUCCUGGCAGCAGCAACUCCAAAUGAGAGCUCCAACCAGAAGCAAGCCAGUAAAAAAGUUCCUAAAUCUACUUACCACCCACUUCUUGGAGAUAAACUCAAAGAAGCUGAACUCUACAGAGAAAUCCGCAUUCAAAUGAGAGCCAAGGAUCUGCUUGAGAGCUCCAUAGCUCCAAUAGAUACUAGCAACUGUCGGAGAGAGCCUCACUCCCGAACUGCCACUAAAACUAAGCAGGAAAGACUUGGCUUCUUGCAGGACACAAGUUUCAGCUUCAAACCAAGGAUUAAUCCAACAAUACCUGAUUUUGAAGGACUUUACUGGGCAUUUCAGAGGGAAGCAGUAAGGAGACAAGAAAUCAGAGAGGCAACGCGUAAUAAGCCAUUCAAGCUAAGAACCUCCAAUCUCCAUGGCAGGCAGAGGCAGGCCAGUGAGAAGAUAGAGGAUUCCCAGCAACUUACCAAGAUUUCAGUGCGAAAAAGCAAUUCUCUGACUGGACUUUCCUCUCUCUCUUCCAACACCCUUCCAGUGCAUAUUACAGAUGCCACUAGAAAAAGGGAAUCCACUAUUAGAUCCUCCCAAGAUAACAAAAAGGAAGGGGACAAAGAAGGAAUAUAUUGGCUAGAGAAACAGAAAAAGAAAUGUCAAGCUAUCCAAAAGUCAGUGAACAGCCGAGCAAAAGCCCUGGAUCCACAUAAAAGUCUGGAGGAAACACACAAAGAGAAGGUGAAACAGAACUGGCAAAAUAUGAGAGAGAGGGCAAAAGAAUACAGAAAGGAGCUGGAAGAAAUGCAGCUGCGAGUCAAGAACAGACCAUACCUCUUUGAACAGGUCACCAAGGAUGAUGCUCGUCAAGGAGCAGAGCGUCGCUACAGACAAACUCUCCAGCAGGUUGGGCUAAGUGAAGAAUUUGUAAGGAAAAAAGGGAAAGCUGCUACUGACUUGUUGGAAGAAGAAUCUGACGUUCACAGAGUGCCCAAGCCUCGGGGUGAAAGGGACAACUGUCCCACACAGGAAGGAGAACCUCAAGAGGAACUUUGUGGAAAGGAAACAGCAACGUGA